GAAGAAGAGGAGAAUGGUAGGACCGGAGCCAGCAGCUUUAUGACAAAAUAGGUUGAAAAUUGUUGAUUGAGGCAGCCGCUGUGGGAUGUGCAAAGAUUGUAAGCUGUUGUGAGUGGCAGAGAUCUCUGGCCCCAUUUGGAUCCCUGUACCUAUGUUUGUUACGUAAUUGUUUUACUGGCUAACAAGGUCUCAGUUAAAGGAUGAAGCUCAUUCGGUGAGACUUUUAUUGACCAAAACAUAGUCAAUAUUUUUGUUGUGAUUUGCACCAAACUGCAUUGUUCAUCUUCAUUCAAUGCCUAACAUAGAAGCGGACAGAGUUACAAGCGUUCCCGAAAAUAACGACUGCAAAUCCAAGAGUCAGCCUCUGAGGAAUAAUCUCCAUGAAACUGUAAAAUCCUACAGUAUACAAGGUGCUGCCACAGCAAAUAUCGAGCCUCCUGCAGAAAGACCUUAUCCCUGGGGAUGUCCUGUGACACACACAAAGGAAAAGUUCUAUACCAUCUGCGCAGACUACGCCUUUUUGAAUCAAGCAACAUCUCUUUGCAAAUCGUCUAGUUCUGUCUGCAGCUCAAGCUCAGAGGACAAAUCUGCUCUGAGCAAUACAAUAAAUUACAUUGAUCUUCAGACCAGCGAAUCAGAUUCUGUAUACAACGAGGAUGCAAGCUUGGAGUCUUUAUCUAGCAAUCUUGGUACACGUCCGCUUGCCUGGGAAAUUGAUAAAUCAGACUUCAGCACAAUGACUUCCAAGUUAAAAAGAUCAGGUGUAAAAAAACAAACACCUAAGAAGAAACCUGACAGGAAGGCAAAACCAUUAAGGGACUGUCCUCAACACUUAAUCCUGGAUGAUGUUAAACAGCGGAAAGUUCUAGACCUCAGACGAUGGUAUUGUAUCAGUCGACCCCAGUACAAGACCUCGUGUGGCAUUUCUUCUCUGGUAUCAUGCUGGAACUUUCUUUACAGUACUCUGGGAGCAGGAAGCCUCCCACCAAUUACUCAAGAGGAAGCUUUACAUAUUUUGGGCUUUCAACCACCCUUUGAAGAGAUUAGGUUUGGUCCUUUUACUGGGAACACAACUUUGAUGAGAUGGUUCAGACAAAUCAAUGAUCAUUUCCAUGUAAAAGGAUGCUCCUAUGUUCUGUAUAAGCCGCAUGGCAAGAACAAGACAGCAGGAGAAACUGCUGUUGGGGCACUAUCAAAGUUAACACAAGGGUUAAAAGAAGACUCAACAGCCUACGUCUAUCAUUGUCAGAAUCAUUAUUUUUGCCCAAUUGGUUUUGAGGCAACCCCUGUGAAGGCAUCCAAAGCAUACAGGGGCCAACUUUUCCCGCAUGAAGUGGAGUACUGGAUUUUAAUUGGUGAGCCAAGCAGAAAACACCCUACAAUUCACUGCAAAAAGUGGGCAGAUAUUGUUACUGACUUAAAUACUCAAAAUCCAGAAUAUUUUGAUAUUAGACACACUGAAAGAGGCCUUCAGUACAGGAAAACAAAAAAGGUUGGAGGAAACCUUCACUGCCUUCUGGCAUUUCAGAGACUCAGCUGGCAAAGAUUUGGUCCAUGGCCCUUACAGCUUGGAACCCUUAGGCCAGAACCCCAGCCACCCGUACAAGGAAGAAGAAUCCCUAAAUCUGAAAGUGAGGAUAAUGUCUCCAAGAAACAGCAUGGGCGUCUGGGGAGGUCAUUUAGUGCUGGAUUUCAGCAAGAGCUUGCAUGGAAAAGAAUGUGUAAUAUACGUGAACGCAGGGGCAGUGGCUCACCUGAAAGUGAUACGGACUGAGAAGGAAAUGAUUAAAUUAUACAAAGUCAGUGUUACUUGUAGUUUUGGGUUCAUGGCACUACGAUUAAACUAAACAUUAGUCAUAUAAUGCUGGACAUGGUUGGCAGACAUUAUUUGUAGUUUUGGGUUCAUGGCACUACCAUUAAGCUAAACAUUAGUCAUAUAAUGCUGGACAUGGUUGGUAGACAUCUAUAGUGCUCUCCCAUUAAUCAUAAAACCUUUGCAAACUUUUUACAAUCAUUUAUGAACUUAUUGCUCAAAUGCCAUUCCUGAUCUACAGUAUACUGGGUAUUGUAUACUGCCAUGUCAGGAGUAUUUUCAUUAAUUAAUAAAAUUGGAGUUUAAAAUCAAAA